GCACCGUCUGAACUUCAGCUGCAUCUCUUCUCCACUCUUCAACCCAAACAUGGCCAGAAACACCGGAAGCAGCAGAUACAAUGAUGACGAGCUGAGGAUAGUGAUGGUGGGGAAGACUGGGAUUGGGAAGAGUGCCACUGGGAACACCAUUCUGGGACGAAAUUGCUUUGAAUCAAAGUUCGGUGGAACGUCGAUGACUGUAGACUGUUCCAAAGGCAAAGGUACGAUGGACGGGCAACAGGUUGCUGUUAUCGACACCCCGGGCCUGUUUGACACCAGGUUUGGCAUGGAUAAAACAACUAAAGAUGUGACCCAGUGCAUCUCUUACACUGCUCCUGGACCCCAUGUGUUCCUGGUGGUCAUCAGGCUGGGCAGAUACACUGAUGAGGAAAGGCAGACAGUGAAGAGAAUUCAAGAAAUCUUUGGCCAGGCUGCAGACAGAUACAGCAUGGUCCUCUUUACCCAUGGUGACCUUCUUGAAGACACCAUUGAGGACUUCUUGAAGGGUUGCAAAGACCUGCAGGAACUCGUGGACAGAUGUAACGGCCAGUACCAUGUCUUCAAUAAUAAGCUGACGGAUCGCUCUCAGGUCACUGAGCUGCUCCAGAAGAUCAGGGAUGUAGUCCAGAGGAACGGAGGAAGCCACUACACUACUGAUAUGUUCCAAGAGGCAGAGAGGGCUGUCGAAGAGGAGAAACAACGCAUCCUGAAAGAGAAAGAAGAGCAAAUACGCAAAGAGAAAGAGCAACUGGAGAGGAAACUACGGGAGCAAUAUGAAAAAGAAAUGAAGAAAAUGAAUGACCAACUCCAGGCUGACAGAGAGAGGGAGAGGAGAGCGAUACAGGAGGAAAUGAAGAGGGAGAGGGAGCGGAGGGAGUAUGUGAGAUGUAGGGAGAGGGAGCAAAGAGAAGCAGAGCGGGAGAGAGAGGAGGAGGAGAAAGAGAGGCAGAUAGAAAAUCUGACGAAAUGUCUUCAGGAACAGUUUGAGAGAGAGAUGGAAGAAGAAAGAGAAAGAGGAAGGUUGAGACAGCAACCAGAGCAUAAUGAUGAGUGUAUAAUUCUCUGAUUUUGUUUUCCUGUUAGUAUUUGUAUGUGUCUCCUUCUUUGCUGCAGUGAAGUAAACACUUUUAUCAUCUAUAUCAGGCUGGUCAUGUUCGUGGUCUUCACUAUUGUGGCUUUAACUUUGCUGUUUUCAUGUGUUUGAAAUUAUUUUGGGCGACAAUCUACACAUCGGCAGAUUCUUCACAGAUCGAUUUCUGGUUAAUAUGGUUGGCUUUCUGUAUAAAGUAUGUCAUAUUCAAAUACACUUGUCUUACAAUGUCUUGCAGUCCUACACUAGGAACCAUGUCGUGCUUGUAAAUCAUUGCAUCAUUUAUUACAUAAAGUCCAAAAUGUCCCCCUGAAUUUAAUAGAACUACUGCCUUUUCUUCCCGGCUGACAGAGAGAGGAAGAGUAAAGAAAGACAGGAGGAAAUGAAGUGGGAGAGGGAAGAGAGAAGAGCAGAAAGAAAGAGAGAUAUAGAGGAGAAAGAAAAGGAGAUGGCAAACGUGAUGAAUACUAUGAAGCAACAACAUCAAAGUGAACUGAGAGAAGGAAGAGAAAAGGUGCAGAGAAAGUAUGAAGAUGAGGCCAGAGAGGAAGCUGAGGAGUUUAACCCAUUAUAUCCUCUGGUAAAAGCUGGUGAAAUAGUUGUUGAGGAUGGCAAAGCGGUAGUGUGGCAGCUGUCUCCAAUCUGGCCUCGGCUGCUGGCUGGUUGCUAAUCAGUCAGCAGCCGAUGCUGCUCAUAUAAAAUGGGCGGCAGAGCCGGAGGUAGGGAGCAGAGUGAGCAGAGGCGCAGGUUUGCGGUCUGCUCACUCUGCUCCCUACCUCCGUGUGCCGACAAUUAAACAUGUUAUCGAAUGGAACCUUGGUGCUGGUGGGGGAAACCCACGGGUAACGGCCCGGAAGCGGUUACAGGUAGUUAAGGGAAUCAAACAAUUAGGAAGAGCAAUUGGGAGCUGGUUGUCUCUGGCAUCUCAAAUACAGAGGAAACCUCCAGAAGCUCCAACUCACGGGAAUAUAUAAAAUACAAAUGAUUUCAUCCACAGAACUAUAAUCUAUUCCCUGUUUUUAAUUACCAGCAUUAACAAUAAUGAAAGUAAUUUUCAAAAGAGUCUGCUGUGUAUCAGACUUCAGCUGCUAUGUGCUCUCCCCCGCUGCUCCCUCCCUCCACCAUUUACAAGAAAUGGCAGCCGACUGCAGGAAAUCGGGCCCACGGUUCCCCCUCUGGGUUGAAGCUGGAAACAAACAUGCUGUGAACAGUGUUGUGGCCGGACUCAGAGCUGCUGGGUGUGACCAACCUUUGUUAUUGUCAUGUGAUGAUGACGUAUUAUGAAUUGGUUCUGGACCUGAGUGGAGCUUCCCUUAACUCUUGUCCCUUUCAAAGGGGUAGAAGUCUUGAGGUUCAUGAGCAUUGAACAAUCUCUUGAAAAUGUUUGUAAUAUGUCCUUUGGGCAUUGCACUUUGUAGACAUUCUCUGUGCAUUCGUCUCAUAACCGGCCUCACAUUGAGACCAAUGUUGUUUGUUCAGAUCAGAACGACGAUGAUUAAAUCAAGGUUGUAGCUCGUUGUCUACCUAUGGUUACAGAGAGACACUGUUUGUUUUUGAACAUUUCACCAACAAGUGAUUGAUCUGGAAAAUCUAAAUCUGUGAAUAUCAUUCCAAUUUUACCGAACUGUUGUUCCUGGCCACAAAAGUAACGUAGCAUAGAGCCGAGUAUAUCUCAUCUUAACACUUUCAGUAACUAUCAGGAUUUUUAAGGUGGAAGGUACACUAACAACAGAAAAUAUGAAAUAUUCGUUACGUAUUUAGUUGUGGUAAUGAAACAAACAUAAAAGUAUUUAAUAAAGUCAAAUAAUUACUGUC